UUCUAAAAAAUUUAUGUUUUGUUUGCUUUACAUUUACAAAACAAAACGAUUUAAAAGUUAACAUCUUGAUUAAUAUUUUUUGAAGCAAAAGUAUAUCUAAGCAAUUAUGACUGUAAAUAAUACUAUUGCUCAUCAGCGUUUGAUCCUCAGUGGAGAUCGCGAAAGGUUCAAGGAACUUCUCAGGAGGAGACUAAUUGAAUGUGGAUGGAGGGACCAAAUCAGGAUGGUGUGUCGUGAAAUUGUAAAGGAGCAUGAUUCAAACUCUAUUACUCUUGAUAUGUUGGUGGCGAGAGUAACUCCUCGAGCUAGAGCUUUAGUCCCAGAUCCAGUCAAGAAAGAAUUGCUACAGAAAAUUAAAACUCACCUUUUAACCCAGAAAAACUUGUAAAUUGUUUGAUACAUUUUAUGAAUGUCUAAAUUAUGAUAUUUUUUUUUGUUUUUUGGUUAGACAUUCAAUAAUUGAGUACUUUGUGAUAAUUACUUUUGAUUUACUAAAUUAUGCAUUUUUAAACUAUGUUAAGGAUAAAAUAAAAUGAAUUUGUUUAAACCAA